GUCAAAAUCAGUAUUUUUGUGUCUCUCUUGCUGUUCGGUUGUGUUCACAUUUUAUUUUGUGUUAAUAUUUGUGUAAAAUCAGUGUUAUUUGUGUUUAUUAUCUCUCAUGUAGAUAGGUGCUAACGACAUCAACAUGCCGGUUUUCCACACGAAGAUCAUCGAAAGUAUAUUAGAGCCAGUUGCUCAACAGGUGUCCCGGCUGGUGAUCCUUCAUGAGGAAGCUGAAGAUGGCAACGCUAUGCCGGACCUGGCGCGGCCUGUGCAGGCCGUGUCGCUGGCGGUCAACAACCUCGUCAAGGUGGGCCACGAGACCAUCGAGUCAUCAGACGACGUGAUACUUCGACAAGACAUGCCGAGUGCCUUACACCGCGUGGAGAACGCUGCGACACUACUGCAGCAGGCGUCUGACAUGCUGCGCGCCGACCCUUACUCAGGCCCUGCCAGAAAAAAGCUGAUCGAAGGUUCUCGCGGCAUAUUGCAGGGCACUUCGGCCCUUCUGCUCUGCUUCGACGAGUCUGAAGUUAGGAAAAUUGUGAAGGAAUGCAAAAAGGUGCUAGACUACCUGGGCGUGGCGGAGGUGAUCGACACCAUGGAGGACCUCGUGCAGUUCCUGAGGGACAUCUCGCCCGCCCUCUCCCGGGCUGCCAGAGAGGUAGCGGCUCGAGCUGCCGAAUUAACUCAUCCACCACACGCGGACACUUUAACCCGGUGCCUCGACAGCGUUAAACAACUGGCGCCCGUUUUAAUAUGCUCCAUGAAGAUAUAUAUACACAUCUUGACUGAAGGUGGCAAGGGUAUAGAAGAAGCAGGCGAAAACAGAAACUACCUCGCGCAAAAGAUGGCGGAUGAAAUCCACGAGAUUAUUCGCGUCCUUCAGCUAACAUCCUACGUAGAAGACGGCGGUGAGAAGGACAACAUAGCCGUCCUAAAAGCUCUGCAGUCGCAAAUACACUCCAAGAUGGGAGCUGCGCACGAGUUUCUCAAUGAUCCGGAGGCGUUACGCAACAGCGCGGGAGAGAGAGCACUCCGCAGCGUUCUCACUUCCGCGCAGCGCGCCGCCGAUCAUCUGUCUCCCUCGCACGCAGACACUGUGCGGGCCAGAGUCAGGUCUGGAGGUAUUAACGCUGAUCAUUUAUGUGAUGAGAGACAAUAUGGCCACGGGAGAGACGCCAAGGCAUUGAACCUAGCGUCAGACCUUCGUAAGCAGCUGAAUGAAUUGGAUUCUAUCGUGAAUGAAGGCGUGAGAGCCGCUGAGAAGCAGGGUGGCAAAACUAUGCAGGCCAGAUUGGAGACUGCUCAUAAAUGGUUGCUUCACCCGGCGGCCGACCCCGCCACCAGGAUUGAGGGCCAGAAAGCCAUCAACAGCAUCGUGUCCCAGGGGCAGAGGAUUGCAGACGGCCUGCAAGGUCGUGAAAAGGCGGAAGUAUUGCAGCUGUGUUCUGAAGUACAGAGGCUGUCUGACAAACUGGCCGAUCUAUGUCUCAGCGGCCGCGGGGACUCGGAGGAAGCCAAAGCUAUCACCAGAGAGUUGACGGACAAAUUGCACGAGUUGCGACGCGGCCUCGAAAGGGCGGUAGUGAAUCGAGUGGUUGAAGACUUCAUAGACGUCGCCGCACCAUUGAGGCAUUUCACCGAUGCAGUUAAUGCACCGCCAGGAACCCCGAACCGCGAGGCCAACUUCCACGACAAGGCCGCCGCCCUCCAGGCCUUCAGCCAGCGCGCCGCCGCCGCCGCCCACAUGGUGGCCCAGGGGGACCACAACAAGCGGCUGGCCGACCAGCUCAACCAUUACUCGCAACAGGUAGAGAAGUUGUCACCGCAACUGAUUGCCGCGGGCAAAAUUCGCCUCCUCUAUCCUGACAGCAAGGUUUCCGAGGAACAUUUCAACAACUUGAAGAAUCAAUACGCUGAUGCAGUGCUGCGCGUGAGAGACCUCUGCGACCAGGCUGUGGACCCGUUGGACUUUGUGCGCACCGCUGGUGAGUUGAUGCAGAAGCACACGUAUUUGUGUGAAGAUGCCAUCCGCAACGGCGACUCGCAGAAGAUGGUGGACAAUACAUCGGCUAUCGCCAGGUUAGCGAAUCGCGUACUCUUAGUAGGCGGGGCUGAGCGCGAUAACACAGAAGACGCGGAUUUCGCUCGUUCGCUCGGCACCGCUCACCAACGCUUACAAGCGGCCAUUCCGCCCGCUGUACAUCGCGCUAAGGCUGUCGCUUUGGGAGAUAAAGCUGCGGCUCCACAAUGGAGAGCUGCUAAUAAAGAGAUAAUCUCAGCCGCCGGACAAGUGGAGGCGGCGCUGGGUCAGCACUACGCGCCUCCCCCUCCCCCGCCCCCGCUGCUGCCCGACGCGCUCAGCCGCCUGCACGUGGCGCCGCCCCGCCCGCCCCCGCCCCAACCAGCGCCCGCCCACGCCUCCGCCCUACACGCCGCCCCGCCCCGCCCUCCCCCGCCCGAUACUGACGACGAGGGGGAGGAUAUAUUCAGCAGCCAGCCGCACCCGAGCCAGCCUAUAUUGGUGGCUGCUCACAAUCUUCACAAAGCUGUACGUGAAUGGUCUUCCAAGGACAACGAAAUCAUCGCGGCUGCUAAGCGUAUGGCUAUACUGAUGGCCAGGCUUUCUGAACUGGUGCGAUCCGACUCGAGAGGCAGCAAACGCGAGUUGAUUGCGACUGCCAAGGCGAUCGCUGAGGCUUCGGAGGAAGUCACACGUCUCGCCAAGAAACUAGCGCUGGAAUGCACCGACAAGAGAAUCAGAACCAACCUUCUGCAAGUGUGCGAACGUAUCCCCACCAUCGGAACACAACUCAAGAUAUUGUCGACUGUCAAAGCCACCAUGUUGGGCGCGCAAGGUAGUGAAGAAGAUCAGGAGGCGACGGAGAUGUUGGUCGGCAACGCACAGAACCUGAUGCAAAGCGUGAAAGAAACUGUCAAAGCGGCAGAAGGAGCUUCCAUCAAGAUCAGAACAGAACAAGGUGGCUACAGGCUACGCUGGGUACGACGCUCCCCUUGGUACCAGAUCUGAACAGCCUUUAACCGAUUAUGACAACAGCCUGUAUACAUCAACGUGUAUUUUUAUAAAGAACAUUAUUUAAAACAACUUAUUUUACAAAGAAAUUGGUCGUUAAAGGUUUUGGUGGGGCGCUCUUUUAGUACCAGAUCUGAACAACCUUUAACCGAUUAUGACAACAGCCCGUAUACGUCAACGUGUAUUUUUAUAAAGAACAUUAUUUAAAACAAUUUAUUUUACAAAGAAAUUGGUCUUUAAAUGUUUUGGUUGGGCGCUCUUUUGGUACCAGAUC